AUUUAUUCAGUCGUAGUUCUUUAUUAAUUUUUUUAGUCUAAGAACACCAGUCCAUUGUGAUGAAUCUCUGUUUAAUUCUAACGACUUCAUCUUAACUACUAUAUGAACAGGUUCUCUGUCUUAUCGACUUUCGCCGCAUUCUGAACAACGUCGAUAUUUCAGAUCGUGGCACAAUUUUCUGUACAGUAAUUUGUCUAUACUGUACUUUCUUAGUGAUUUAACCAUACGAACAGCUGAUUUGAGCUGACUCCAAGCGAAGUGACAAAAGUCCAUAGACGAAACCUUUCGUGGGUCAUAUUUACUGUUCUUAUUUAUCGUUAGACAGUUUAGAAGUGUUUAACAAAUAAUUCUUAAGUGUAAAAUGCAUCAUCGACAAGGGGAACUCUUACAGAAUAUCGGAUUUCGACUUAUCGAGCUAUUCAGCAAAGACUUUCAGCUUUGUUUUCAUUUUACAUUGAACCACCUGUGAACUAGCAUUAUAACAUUUGCAGUAACGGUAAUUAACAAUGGCAAACAAUGAAAAAAUGUUUGCCUGUUCUUCAUCUGGCUGCAACAUGAGUUUCACAAAUGAAGAUCAGUUAACGGUACACAAAAAGAAACAUGACAUGAUGUUAAAUCUGGGAAAUAGUUCAAAGAAUGGAGGUUUUGUCGCUGACCAAACACCAACACCAACCCGUUUCAUCAGGAAUUGUGAAGAGGUUGGGCUGUUUCAAGAUUUGCAGAAUGUAAACCCCUUUGAAGAAACAUUUAGAAGAGCUGUAGAAUCAGGAAAUACUGGUACUCUUACAGUGCCAGAGGCUGGAAUUACAGAUGAUACAUUGCACACACCUCAUAUAUUUCCUCACAUAGCCGAUGUAUUAUCUACAAGCAAUCAAAUGCUAUCCGAAAGUACCGUACAAGAAUGUAACAGUAUUUCGGUUACCGAUAAAAGUACGACCGUAAAAUCGUCAAUCGAUUCUGAGGUUUGUACUAACGUAAAACUUACAGAAACGGAGGAUCGGAAUUUAAUGAAAAGUAAACUAACGGUCGACAGAAGCGUAACAUUAACAGAAAGUAUAAUUGACCAAGUUGCACACGCACCGGUAUUGCCAAAACUUUUACAAGAACAAAGUCCACACUUGUCAAUAAAUGGCGAAGAAGUGCAGCUACUAUUGAAAACAUCCGAUGGAAAAUUAAUGCAAUUAUCGGCUAGUCCGGUUUACGACUCGCUUCACACGAAUAACGUUCAAUCGUUGAAACAGCAAAUGGUCGUUAUAAAGACGGAACCUCCUUUACAAUGCGCUACAAAAGUAGAGUCUAAGAAAUCCACGGUUUCUACGCUAACUUUAGCAAAAAUGAAAUUGAAACAAACUCUGACCAAAAAUACGGAGUUGCAAAAUUUGAAGUCGAGUAACAAUUUUGAAAAGAACGAGUUAAACGGUUCGAAGAAAGAGAAUCGAAGCAAAACGGUAGAAGACCAAGCGAAGAAGAAAGAGAUUCUUGAACGUAAUCGUGCAAGUUCUAUGCGAGCAAGAGCAAAACGGAAAGCGUGGAUACAUCACCUCGAGAGGACGGUCGCGAACGUGAAUGAGACUAAUACGGCGUUGCAAAUGGAAAUAAAGGUUUUACGUUCAGAAGUGGCCAAAUUGAAAACGCUCUUGUUGGCUCACAAAGAUUGUCCCGUUACCAAGGCGAUGCAAAAAGGAAACAGUAUAAUACUCGGUCCUAAAAUAAUACCGUUGAACUCGGAUACGGUAUCUAACCCGGUUACAGUAGGCACUGCGAUGAAACGAGCAGCGCCUCUUUCUUCCGAAAUGCCUAUCAUGCCAAAGAAGAAAAUGUCUAUGGCACCCUCGAAGAAUCCCGUAAUUUUUCCCAAAAUAGAUUGCAAUACAAACCUGUCGGUUCCCAAUGGAGCAUUAAUUAAGACAGUACCCGCGCUCAAGAUUAUGGGAGUAGGACAGCUAUUGGAAAAGGAAGAAACGAAGCAGAUUUUAAUAGUUCAAAAUACGCCUAGAAAGAUCGAUAACUCUAGGCAAAUCAUUCAAAUAAAUCCUAAUUACGAGUUGGAACAAAACGUAUCAAAAAUCAAUACGACGUAAAUAUAUUUACGUUUAAAAAAUUUGCUCAACUGUGAAAAAGACAAAAAUUAAUCGUUGCUGCACGCGCGUAUCCGUGAAGAAAAUCUUUAACUAUUUAUUUAUUAAAAUAAAAGAACGUAUUUUGUAA